CCGCCUACCUAUUUAAUUGGGGUUCAUAUUUAGGUACGGUGGGCAGUGCUUGCAUGCAAGUCCCUAAGAAUAGCAAAUGCGGGGAGGAAUGAAACAUGUGACUUCUAAACGUUUACUCAGAUAUAAUCAAAUCAGGUAAUCAUGGUAAUGAUAUCAUCGUCCAUUCGCUGGAAGAAAAAAUAUGCCAAGUUAAGUACUUUACUUGGCUACGCUGCGCGUUCCAUCGUGGUCAGCCACAGACGCUGCAAAGUACAGAAAGUACCAGUCCAAUCCAUCGCCUGACCUUUGCCUCACCGAUAAAUGGCGGCCACAAUCAGCUUGAUCGCAAUGAUUAGCAGUGCUGGCUAACACGGUCAACUUCCAACUACUCAGAAAGAUAGCCUACAAUACCCAACAAAUUCAAUAUGUGCAUUGCUUUUUUCUCUACCGCUCAUCCCCAGUAUCGCCUCAUCAUCUGCAACAACCGAGAUGAAUUCCUCCACCGACCAACCUCCCGCGCAGACUGGUGGCCAUCUCCCCACUCCCACGUCCUCAGCGCCCGGGACCUUGUGCGCCCCAUCCACCCCACCUGGAUGGGAAUCACCAAACAAGGCCGCAUCGCCGUGCUAACCAACUACCACGAAGAGUCGUGCGCCAAAGCCGUCGGCAGAUACAGCCGCGGCGAGGUCGUCAACCGCUGGCUCGCAUCGCCGCUGGAGAGCUCGCAAACCACCCAAGAGUUCGUAACCCAAUGGACCGCCAACGGGGAGAUAGCCAACAUUGGUGGCUUCAACCUCGUUUGCGGGAAUGUCAUGGAGCCGCUGGCGAUCAUGGCCAGCCGGGUGUCGGAGACGGAACCCAUAUUCUGGAUCGCGGACAAACCGGGCCAGACGGUCGGGUUGAGCAAUACAGACUACGAUGAUCGGUCCUGGCCUAAGGUUGUCAAGGGCGAAGAGGCCGUAGUUGAUGCGAUUGCGGCGCAUGUGCAGAACCAGGAGAGUGAGGACGCUCUGGUUGAGAGGUUGUUGGAUGUGCUUAGUGCGGAUACGCUUCCCCGGCUGGAUGGUGGUGCUGGGGUGCAGGAGUACAUUCCUCAUCUUCCGCAUAGUGUUUUCAUUCCGCCUAUCGGUCGUGAUAAGGAGGCGCAGGUUGAUGAGGUAGGGUCGCAGGAUAAGAGGGAGGAGAGUCCAGUCCUGCCUUCUACUCCCGAGGGGACCCCCAAUCAUGCGUAUCUAGAGGGGUUGUAUGCGACGCAGAAGCAGACGGUUGUUUUGGUGGGAUUCGAUGGACGAGUCCGGUAUUUUGAGCGCACAUUGUACGAUGAUGACGCUCAACCGGUGUCUACGGAGAAUCGCGAUCGGUCGUUUGAAUUCAUGAUUGAGAAGUAGACGGGACGGGAAUACGGGGGUUAUUGAUUUUCGUGCUGGUUUCGUCCUCCCUUGUACAGUUAAGAGUGUAUUAUGGCGUUUCGAUGGGAUGGUUUUCGGGUCAUGUAUGUACAUAGGUAAUUUAAUGACAGAUCUAACGACGCACUCUACCCUGUCUCAGUAUGGUCGUACUGGUAGUAUUGGUUCUCGGAAGGUCGACGAACCGCGAC